AUGACGCUCCGCGACACAUACACCAGGUUCCUGGCGACGCCGUCUUCGGGUGCGCUGGCGGACAAUGCUUCUCUUCACUAUGUCACCACCACGACCAGCAUCAACGACGCGACAGCCAUCAUCAAGCACCUGUCUGCUCAGGAGAAGCUACUGAAAAAGACCAAGGAGAAGGUGCUCAACGCGAUCGAGAGCAGCAAUGGCCUCAGUGUGGAUGUAGAGACGACCCUUGAAUUCACCAACGGCGGCGGCGCAUACCUGCCAGGCCUUGACGACAACUUUGUCACAGACCGGACGGUGACGUUCCCUAUGGUCCACAUGGUCCACUUUGACAAGUCAGGAAAGAUCACACAGAUCCGCCAGUACUGGGACCAGGGCUCUCUCCUGAAGCAAAUCGACGUCAUUGGCGCGCGCUCUCGCAACUGGCCCAUUCGCGACAGCAGCGAACAGAUUCGCUUGAUCGCAUCCAAUGCGGCAGCUGCACAGCCAGAGUCGACCGCUCCGUCGCGCCCAUCGACGUCGGCCUCCCGUGGCGUAGAUGAGGUCUCUAUCAGCGACCGUUCGAGGAGAUCAACAAACAAUGCCAUGAACGACCCGCACGCAUCGCUAUCGCUGUUUGCGCCUCGCGAGGUAGACCAAGAGGAGUCCCACAGCUCUGGGCCGUCAGCCCCGCGCGCACAGUCUGCGAAGCCUCCUCCACGCGAGUACUCUGAGCUGUUCGCUGGCGCCGAUGUUGGCUCACCAUCGCCAUCGCCCCAGAGGAUCCCAGCCAAGGCCGGCAGCGGAAAGAACUACAAGGAGAACCGUUUGUUCGAGGAGGGCGAGGACGAGCACCCAGUCGCCCCUAUGAGCAUCAAGACUAGCUCCAAGAAGUACGAUCACUUCACUUUCGGUGAAGGCGAGGAGACGCCAAAGGUACGAGACACUUCACGACCGUCCAAGCACGACCAGAACCGCAACAGGAACGAUGCGCAUUGGGACUUUGACGACUUCGCCACCCCGAACAAGUCGAAGCCCAAGACGCUCCCCAGUGCGGUUCGACACUUUGGCUGGAGCGACGACGAGGUUGGUCCAUUCUAUCAGCCAGAGACACAGGACACCUCCCCCGUCCGCCGCCCAAUCGUCCACAAGGCUCGUCCUGACCAAGACGCCCACUUCGAUUUCGACGACAACGGCACCCCCGAAGCCCAGCGCGGAGCCGCACCCACUAAGGGCGGACGCAGCAACAAAGGCCAGGGCCUCUAUGAAGACCACGUCACCGACAAGAACGACAACGACGACGGAGCUGCCACACGCGCCCUCAACGACAUCACAAAGAACAAGAACCAAGCCCGCAGCUCCAUGAAAACACACUGGGGCGUCGAUGCCGACUCUCCCGAUAGCCGUGGCAUAAACAUUGCUGGCAACGGCAUGGGUGGGCGCAAGGGCACUGAGUGGUCCUUGUUCGAAGAGAGCCCUCCUGUGAAGAAGGAGAACAAUGGUGGAUUUAGUAGUAACGCGAGGGGUACUGCGAUCAAGACUGAGGGCGAUGGUAUGGGUGGGAGGAAGGGUGCGGACAAGAGUUUCUGGGACUUUUAG